CCUGGACAAGACGCGGUGCAGUCAACAUCCCGCUCCGUUCUCCGUUAUUCAGCGCGUCUCCGUUCACAUUUUUUUUGGAUGGGUUAACCUGCGAACGGACUCGAACCGAACCUUAAACCUGACAAUCCACGCCGGGGAUCCACCAGAGCCGGACAUGGACUGACAGGGUUCCGCACAGUGGACGCCGUUUUUCCUCCAUCUCCGGUCGCAUGAACCGCUUGUUUUGGCACAUUUUGGUCCGUCUGAUGUCCACCUGUUACCGGCAGCUCCUCGUCCGCAGACACACUCACCACGGAUCGAAUCGUAAACACAUCUCCCACUGAAAUGGCCCGUGCAGAGACCAUCGAGAACGUCGGGGAAACUGGAGGAGGAGGAAGUGGUCCUCUCCCUCGCCACAACACCUGCCGCAUGGAGCUGCCUCGGCCCUUUCACACUUGGCCGAACCUCCUCGCCAAUGCCAGUGGCGCUGGUGCCAUACGCCCCCACCACAACCACCAGGAGCAGCCGCAGAUUGUCCCACCUCUGCAGGCCUUCUACCUGUACCCUGUGCCCUACUCCCACCCCGAGGGGCUGGAGGAGCCCCAGACCCAACAGCAGGUUCCACCGCUGUCAGCACCGGAGGAGUCAGGGGAGGGCGUGGUCGGACCCAGUGCCUCAUCAGACUCAGAGGUAGAGGAGCACCAGGAGGCCUCCAGCCGUCAGGGGCCUCUGCCCGACCUGCUGCCCCAGAAUGAACACCCAUCCUGGGGUUCAGCGCGCCACCGAGCCCCCCUGGCGGAGGCGGUGCAGGAGCUGGAGCUCAGGAGAGUGGCCAAUCAGCUGAGGGCCAUCGGAGACGAGUUCAACGCCACAGUCCUGCACAGAGUGCACGUCGUCCCCCAGUGGCAGGACUGGAGAGAUGGUUUCCGCGGCCUCCUGAACUUCAUCACCCAGACUCUCAGCACUCUCUACCGCCUCACGUAGGACGCUCUAUGAGCAGCUUCUGGGGUUGUUUUUGCAUCAGGACUCGACUCACUGUGAGAAGUGAGCAGAGCGCCCCCUCCUGGUCGCUGUCGAGGUCUGAACUCGAAUGGGUGGCCGGAGUCCACCUGUGGAUUAACGGGUCAAUUGUCCCCUUUGAACGUGGACCCGUGGGUCUGUCGGUCAGUCUGCUGGUUCAGACUGCAGCUGAUGGACUUUUCUACUUGUAUAUUUUGUAAAAUGACUUUGCUUUGCUGUUUUUGUCAGUGUCUCGGGGUCGGAUCUUUACGUAGCGCCGUGUGCAUGGCAGACCUGGGUCAAACGCAGAUGUACAUACGAGGGGUUUUAUCCAUUUUGGAAAUUCCUCUGAUUGAUUUUUGAUACUUUAAACCCUGUCCUCAGUAAUUUUGACAUUUUGCUCUAUUUUUCUCUCCAUUUUGGUCUCUCAUCCCCUGAGCACUAAGAGUUCAAAGCUCUGGUUUGUUUGUCCUGUCAGUGUUUGAUCAUUGUCAACAUUGGGUAUAUUUAACCCUGGCAGUUACAAUAGUGACUCUGGAUUUUUUAAGAGAAUUAGCUGCAGUAGAUCACAGUUAGAACCCGCACAUUACGACCCAAAAUAAUGGUUUAUUUGAGCAUUUGCAGCCUGUACAGGUAUUUUUAACAUUGCGGUUGGGAAAAUAUCUGUCUGCUGUGGACUAGAGCUGCAACAGCCUGUGAAGAUGAACCAAUUUUAUCGUUGUCAGGCACCAUGUUGUGAAAUAGCACAUUACUUCUUCCAAAUGGAUAAUUUCUCCACAUUUGAUCACUUAAAAAAAUGUACCUAUUUAGCAUAUCUUCUUGUGUAGAUGCUCAAUUUUGUACACUCUAAAUUCUCUACUUUCCCUCCCACAGACAUAUUUUGACCCCAGUCUGUCUGACCUGUGCAUAUUACUGUCUUUAUUUUAUAUCCUACGUCCCCGUUGUUGUAAACUGUGAAACUGGACGCUGUGGUUUUAUAGCAGGGAAAAGUCAGGUGUUAAUCCACUAUUGAGCGAAACACAGAGGGAACUAUUCUAACGUCACGAUCUGAUCCAGACCGGAAACUGAAGCUGCUCCAAACAGGCACAAAUGUGGCUAACCCCAAAAAAAUGUUCUGGAUUUAAAUAAAAUAAAUGUUAUUUUUUAUUUUGCUAAUAGCGCUGUCAGACACUGCUUCACAAAACACAAAUCUAGCAAAUUUAGCCUGUCUUGGUUUGACUAAUGUGUGGUGCUAAUGAAAUGAAAGGUCAAUUUUCUUGAUGAAUUAAAUGAACAUUUGGUGGAUUUAACACAUUAAAAUAACAUUAAUUCACCUUAAUCUCAGACCGAACAGACAGGCUACUGUUAGCUCACAAGCUAACGUUAGCUGCAGUUAGCGCAUGUGGUGCUUUUCAGUUGCUAAUCACCAGCUAGCAUUAGCUAAUUAGACUAUUUUAUUCAAAAAUCUAGAAAUGACUCAUUGCUGGGGUUGCUACGCUUUCACACAAGCAUGGAACACGUCAGUUUCUUGGUACAAAUUGGGUAGUGACUAGAGACAACCUGCUUAAUUUCAUCCCAUGUCGUGCCUUUCUGUUCAACACCAGGACAAUCAACUUCAAAAAAACACACCUUUAAGCCUCUGGAAACGUAAAGCACACAAAUGCCUUUAACUCUGUGAAUCAGGAUGUAAAACAGUGAAUAUUAGUCCAAACAUUAUUAAUCAGAUAACUUUUGUAAAUCUUCUGAUAUUUUUGAUAAUUGAUAUUUGAUGAGGUGUGAUUUAUGAUUGCAAAAAAAACAAAAGUUUCCAAACUACCAAUUAAAACCUAAACUACCUAGCUAACAUUAGUUAUUAGCAGCAGACUAACAAGCUAUCUAGCCAUCUAUCCACUCUUUUGCUAACAUGCAGAGCUCCACUGUGGGCAUAGCUAGCGUAACUAGCUAAGCUAAUAUCACUUAAAACAUGAUCUGCCAAUGUAUUAUUACAAACAGUCUAAACAGUAAAGCUAACAGUAUUUCAUGAAGCGCCAUAAUUAUUAGAUUAAAGGUUAACUAGUUUUAUUUUCUCUGUAGGUAAAUUCAGUUUGCAUUUUACCCAUACUUAACACAGCACUUAGCAUUAGCACAUAGCACACACAUUAGUUUCUUCAAUUAUUGUUUAAUCCCAGCUAUUUGUGCCACUCAAAUUGACCAUUGUGCUACCGCCACUAAUGGUAGCACACUAACAUGUUUAGCCCUAAUGAUAAGACGAUAACAUGACUAGCUAAUGAGAUAUCAGCCAAAAAGGGAUGAGAAUUUAGACUAAAGGUUUGGAAUAAUUAUUAAGGCUUAAUCUCAGUUUUUUUGUGGAAUAAGACACUAAACUUUAUCCAUUAUUCCAGAUUCCUGUUAAGUUUCCAGAGGCGUUAAAAUGCUCAAAUCAAGAGUUUUUGCUCCCAUUAAAACGCUCCACAGCUCAUGCAUGACAUGAGGUUAUUUAAGGACACGAUGCUGCCGGUGCCAACCACCGGCCAAGCGCCACCCGCCUGUGUUUAUGACAGUGUUUACUAUUGAUUUACUUGAUGAUCUGUACAUACUCUUUUGGAGGAUAAGCCUGAAUCAUCUGAAAUGUUGAACUAACUGAAGCAGGAGUUCGUUGUGUUUGGGAGGUGUCGAGGUAUUUCUGAGCCGCCGACGGCAACAGUAGAGUGAGUCUAAAAAUUAAAUCCAGUGGAUUUGAGAUGGUAUUGAAUGAGAAAAAGAAACACAUAAUAUGAUCUGGACCUUCAGACUGAUGAAAAGUGUUGAUGUUUGUAAAGUGACCCUUGGUUGUGCAUCGGACUCUGGGAGAAAAUGUUCAUUUCUCAUAUUAAUUUAUUUUGGAAAGUAGCCUAUUUGUAGCUUGGUUUUUUUAUUAUUAUUUUUCUUUUUUAACCUAAUGUUUAAAUUAUUUUUUCAUGCAUUCCUGAGCAUAAUGAAUUAAGCUGUAUUUGAGUUGUAACUGUAAAAACAAAUGAGAGGAGUUAAAACUGGAGGUAAAUACAUCACUCUAAGUUUCAUUUCAGAUGUUUUAAUUGGGUUAUCAUUAUUUGUACUUAUGCAUUGCUUAAAACUGGAUUUUUUUUUUUUUUUUUACAUGGUACUAUGUUUUUAACAGUUACUGUUUCAUUGCAGUUUUAGGAACACGUACAUAUUCCCCCUGUAUCAGAUACUGAAAGUGAUGUAUUAUCUUCUGAUGUGAAAAUCAGAUGGAAAAAGUACCAAAAUUCUCCUUUUUACACUGAGUAAAGCACAAAGGAAAAGAAGUCGGUAGCAAUAGUGUUUGUUGAACGGCGUAAAAUGACUGAAAUGAUCCAUUUCACUGACGGGUCAUUAAUGAUUCAGCCCAGGGUUGGAUCAUGGAUGGUUCUGGCUGAAGGAAAGCUCCGCUGUGAUUGGUUAGAACGUUAGCCAUGACAGCUAAUGUUAAUGCUAAUGAGAAAAAUUGAGAAAGUCGUUUUCUAUGUUUUGAUUCAAAUUUUCUUCAACAAAACAUGACAUGAUUUCUAGCCCAGAAUGUUCAACUGGAAAGUAUUCUACUUCUGCUUCCUUUUAUUCCAGUUCAUUCCAGUUAUAUUUUACAUAGAAGUAGCACUAUAAAGCACUUGAUGAAGAUUGACCAAAAAGUUCAUUAUAUAUUUUCACAAUAUCAUGGUUUCCGCUUUUUCCAGUGAUAUUUUCCUCAUCUUUUCAUUGAUUUUUACCCAUUUAAGGAUUAAUCCUGUCGAUUGGACAACACUAAGUUUUAGUGAGGUCAAUAUGGGCUCAGUCUAAUUUCUGAUUUAAUUUUCUUUCUUAACCUGCUGAAACCAUUGGUGCUUUUCAAAUCACACCAUAAAACAUUCACUAAGUGGCUCCUCCACUGUCUGUGUUUACAUUAUAUUAUAUUUCUGAACAUUAUUACUACCUAAAGAAGCUAAAUGUCCCUACGUUUUGAUGAGAUUCACUCGUUAGCAUCUAAUUGACCAAUCACAGCAGAGCUCAGUUUCCUUCCAGCCAAUCCACGGAGCAGGUGCCUCACAUGCUAAAAACAUACAUGUAUGUAAUGUAAGCGCCCACCUGCAGUGAUGGGCUUUAACUGUUCAUUGUAAAACAAGGGCCUUGUUCAUUGGUUGUUCAUCCAGGAGCAGAUCUCUGAAUGCUUUGGUUACAUUUUUUUUUUUUUUUUUUUGCCAUAUACAUUAAACGCCUCUCGCUUGGCCGUUACUUUUAUUGCUUUGGACGUUUUUAGCUCAUUUUUACAUCUUUAUUGAAUGAAGUCAGAGGCUGCGAUAACGUGUCUUUGAGCUGAAACCAGAGCGGCUGAAGCCUCUGUUUGUACAUUCAUGGUUUUAGACGCAGACGUGUAUGAUGGGUUUUGUACGUUCGCUGACGGGUGUAAAUUCGACCUGUCAAUCAUCUCAGAUCAUGUCUGAUCGUCUCCACCUUCACCUCCUCGUUCAGGGCAGAUGCUCCUCUCUACCCAUGAUGCUUAGUGUCAUGCAGUGUGUUUUUGGCUGUUUUUCAACUUUUUUUCUAUUGUAAACUUUCUAUAUGAAUUUUGUACUUUUUCUUUUUUAUACAAUAAAGUUUAAGAGAAUUAUAAA